AUGGCCUGGAUACUGGAUGCUCUCGGGCCCUCGCUCCUUGCUGUGCUGCUGGCUUUUCUCUUACUCGUAUCUCUCCCGUAUCUCUUCUCAUCCUCCUUUCCCUCUCUCCUUGCUGUUGUUGCUGCUACUGUGGGUGCAUCGAGAAUCGACGGACGUGACUCUCUUACAGACCCUGCUGCGGCUGCUUCAUUGUCGUGUCGCUCGCUCUCCUCCUCAUCUUGCUGCAAUCCGCCGAGACGUACGUAUCACGAUCCCGUGCCCGACUCGAGGACAAGAACGCCACUCCAAGAAAGACCGCCAAGGGACGAACAAGACGAUUUUCACACGAGACGAACAAACGACGAAAACAAAACAAAACCGAAACGGAAACCAAGGCGAGGAAACUGCAGCGCCCCACGCACUCAACGCUCCUUCGGCUAUAUUGAAUCCUCUCGCGCGCCCACUGCCACUUUGACGCCCUUGACGGCCACGCCCUAA